AUGUAUGAUAUAAAUAAUGCAAGAUGUGUUGAAAUAAAAAGCGCAGAAUUAGAUGUAUUAAAUAGUGAUGAAUUAAAAAGGAUUUCUCUUGGUAAAUAUGAAAAUGAGCAUUAUGAAUUUGAAAAAGUACAAAAAAGUGGAGUAACAACGAAACUUUACUAUGAUCCUAGAUAUGGGACAAUUGAUAAUAAACAAAUUUGUUCUGUUUGUUUUGAGAGGCAUGAAAAUUGUUUUGGUCAUGUUGGCCAUUUAGAAUUUGUUUUACCUUUAUUUAAUCCUUUAUUUUAUAAAGAAUUGCAAGAAUUAUUAAAUUUAGUAUGUUAUAAUUGCUAUAACUUUUGUUGUUCUGAAGAUGUAAUAUUUUUAUUAAAACAGGUUUUUCAAUUAAAAACACUCAAUGAAAUAGAAAGUACCAAUAAACUUAUUUAUAAAGAAAACUGUGAUUAUGAAUAUUUAAUUAGUGAAAUAGAAAAAUUAUAUAAAAAAAUAUGUAAAGAUUCGGAUAUUUCUCUGGAAGACAUAAUCGAAUCUAUUAGUGAUGAAGAUGAAAGUAAUACAGAUAAUAAUUUGCAUAAUAAUGACAAUGAUAAUUUAACUACAAAAGGAAAAGAAAAAAAUUACUUAGAAGAAUUAUCAGAAAUAGACAACAAAGAAAAUAACAAAUUAAAAGAAAAAAUUAACAAAUAUAAAUUUGAUGCUAAUAAAUUAGCUUAUCAAUCAAAUUAUAAUUAUGAAGAAUAUCUUAUAUUAAGUAAAACGAUCAAAAUGCAUAUGAAAAAAAGUAGUAAAUGCUAUUAUUGUAAAUUUCACAGAAAUAUAUCAGCAAAAAUAUCGCAAAAGAGAGAUACCAUCAAUUUUGUAGGAAUUUAUACAAAAAACUCUUUUUUUAAGAAAUAUUUUCCAAAAAUGAAAAAAAAAGAUGAUGACAGUUUUGAUAUAAAUGAAUAUGAUGAGUUAAAUUAUGAAAGUGAAAAUGAAGAAAAAAAAAAAAAAAGAAAGUUGGAUGAAAGUGAUCAUUUUGUGGAUAUUAAUGAAAAAUAUACCAAUAAUUUCAAAGAUUAUACAUUUAAUGAAAAAAUGAAGAAAGAAAUGAAUUCUGAUUCAUCUAUUGAACAUUCUUUGAAUAACAAUGAUAAUAAUAUUUAUGGAAAUAUUGAUAAUAAUUUAAAUGAAAGAAAUACUUCAUUUUCAGAAAUGCUUGAUAAUUAUAAAAAGCAAAAUAUAAAAGAAAAAUGCACUAUUCGUUUAUUUAGUUUUCAAGUAAUAGAUAUACUGAAAAAAAUAUUUGUAAAAAACAAUAAAGAAAUUAUAGAUUUGUUGUAUCCUUUUACAAAAAAAGAUGGUUAUAAAAUAUUUUUUUUAUAUGACAUGGGAAUAAGUGCAAACAGAUUUAGAAGUAGAUAUAGAGGUAUGCAUAAAAGAACAAAAAUGGCUGGUACUUUAUGUAAAAUUAAUAAUUUUUUAAACUUAUGUUUAAAUGCAAAAAAAGAAAUAGACUUUGAUUCUUUAUUAGAACAUAAUAAAAAGGAAUUAACUUUAUAUAAACAAAUGUUUUCUUUACUUUCAUUAAAAAUUAGAUACAAAUUAAAUAAUAAUAUAAUGGAUGAUGAUACUGAAAUAACAAAAAUGGAAUUUUUAAAAUGUUAUUCAUUGGUGUAUCAUAAUAAAAGUACUUAUAUAAAUAUUCUUUUUAGUAGUUUACAAAUAGGAGUAAAUACUUUUUAUGAUAGCAAUCUUGCAGACAAAAUAAAUAAUAGGAAUAUGACAAAUAUUGGCAUACGAGAAAUUUUAGAUAAAAAAGAAGGUAUUUUAAGAAAAAAUAUUAUGGGAAAAAGAGUAAAUCAUUGUGCUCGAACAGUUAUUUCACCAGAUACGUUUAUUGAGACAAAUCAAGUUGGAAUGCCAUUAGAAUUUGCUAAAGUAUUAACUGUUGAUGAAUAUGUGACGCAUCAUAAUUUAGAAUAUAUAAAAAAGUUAAUAGAAAAUGGUCCACAUAUAUAUCCAGGUGCAAUUAGUUAUAAAGAUUCUAAAGGAAGAGUAUUUAAAAUAUCUCAUGAUUAUGAACAGAGAUUAAAAUUAUUAAAGCAGUUAGAUAACAUUAAUUUUAGAAAUGAAAACUGUUAUAUUGUUCAUAGACAUGCACGUGAUGGAGAUAUAGUAAUAAUGAAUAGGCAACCUACUUUACAUAAAUUUUCUAUAAUGGCUCAUUAUAUAAAAAUAUUUGAAAAAGAAAAAAUUUUCCGAUUAAAUUACGUUAACUGUAGUUCAUAUAAUGCAGAUUUUGAUGGUGACGAAAUGAAUAUGCAUUUGCUACAAACCCCAUUAGCUAGAGCGGAAGCUAGCCAUUUAAUGAAUUGCGAUUUUCUAUUUACUAGUUUUAAAGAUGGAUCUCCACUAAGAGGGUUAGCACAAGAUUUUAUCUUAGGAGGUUUACAUCUGACUUCAUUGGAAACCUUUUUGAAUUAUGAUGAAUACUGUAAUUUGUUGCAAUGUUCUUUAAAUUGUUUAAUUUCUCAGAAAAAUUCUUUCUUCUUUAAAAAAAAAAAAAACAUGCACAAAAUAGAUGAUACUACUACUACUACUAAUAAUAAUAAUAAUAAUAAUAAUCAAAAUACUCCAUACAAUAAUAAACAAAACUUCAAUUCUUUUAGUGGUAAUAAUGUAAAAAUAACCAAUUACAAUUAUUUAGAUCCAUAUGCAAAUAUUUUAAAUCAAAUAAAUUUUAGCAUAGUUACUGAUGAACCAGCAAUACUUUUUCCAAAAAAAAUAUGGACAGGCAAGCAAUUAAUAACAAGUAUUUUAAAAACGAUUAUUGAUAAGGUAGCUGUAGAGACUUUUAACAAAAAUAAUGAUAAUGAAUUUAUGAAAAAUUAUAAAGGAAUAAAUUAUACAUCAAAAGCAAAAACUUCAGCAGAGUUGUGGUCUUUUGAUCCUGUUAAAGAAUGUGAAGUCAUUAUUAAAAAUUCUGAAUUGUUACAAGGAAUUCUUGAUAAGUUUCAUUUUGGUGCAAGUUCAAAUAGUCUUAUUCAUUUGUGCUUUGAGUUAUUUGGACCUAAAACUGCUGGUGUUUUGUUGGAUUGUUUUGGUCGUUUGUUUAUAAGUUUUUUACAACUUCGUGGAUCUAGUUUAAGUCUUUAUGAUUUUAUUUUAAACAAAGAUGCUAAAAGAGAAAAAUCCUUAAUAAAAAAAAGAAUUUCCUUCACUGGAUUUUAUUUACAAAACCUUUUUGUUCAUUCUAUUGCAAAAUCGUUAAAUGCAGAUAUUAAUGAUAUGAAUUCUUAUGCGAAGAGAAAAAAGGAAUGUAAUAAUGAAAAAAAUGACAUAAUUAUUAACAAAAUGUAUGACUCAUAUAAGAAAAAAGAAGAAAUUAUAAGUUAUUUUGAACAAAAAAAAGGAAAACAGUUGAAAUUAAGUAGUAAUUCAAAUAAAUAUAUGAAAGAAGAAAAAGAAGCGAAUUAUUCGAAAAAGAAAAGUGAUAUUCUAGGUAGUAUAAGUAAUUAUAAAAAUAUGGAUAACAUGAAAAAGGAAAAAGAAAUGGAAUUAAAAAAAAAUUAUGGAGUUACAGAUGAUAAUAUACUAAAAGAAAAAUAUAUAGACCUAAAAGAAGAAAAAUAUUUCAUAGCUUUAUUAAAUAAAAAAAUUGAAGACAUUUGUGCACAAAAAAUAAAAGAAGAAAAGGGUACAUUUUUUAUAAAUAAUGAAAAUACUAGUAACUUAGAUGAUAAAAAAAGAAGAGAAAUGGAUUCAUCUGAUAGUGAUAAUAUAUUUAAAAGAAAUUUUACUUUAUAUGAAAAGUAUAUAAAUAAUAAAGAUGAUAUAUAUAAUUGUAAACAGGAUGAAAAAAAAGAUUCUAUAAUUUUAAAUACGGUAAUACACAAAUUGUAUAAUUCUAUUAAGGAGCCUUCAUUUUUUAGUAAUCCUACAUUUACAGGAAAAAAAAUUAUAAAAAUUAUUGAGAAAAUUCUUGAUUUUUUAAAAGAAGCAAAAUGCAAUAAAAGACUAAAAAUAUUUAUAAUAUUCGAAUUGUUUCAAAAUAAAAAUAUAAUGAAAUAUUUUCCGUCAUUGAUGAAUUAUUUACAUGACUUUAAUUAUGAUUUAAGUAACGAAGAGAUAAUAAAAAAUGUAGUAAAUAAUAUUUAUUUCGAAGAAUAUUGUCCUACAUCCCCUUUUAAAAAUCCUAUAUCAUUAAAUAAAGAUAAUAUAAUAAAAAAUAAGGAUGAAUAUAAAUUAAAUAAAUUUAUUAAUUUUUAUGAGAGUAGUAUACAUAAAAAAGAGGACGAUGCUUAUACGAAAAAGGAAAUUACUAAUAGUGUUGAUAAUAUUAGUAAUAAUGAUGAUUAUGAAUUAAAUAUAAAGGAAAUAAGUCUUCAUGAUAAAAAAUUAAUAAAAAAUUGCUUAAUAUCAAGUUUUCCAUCAUUUCUCUUAAAUGAUGAUAUAUGUAAUUUAUCAUAUAACGACAAAUAUCAAUAUUUUGAAGAAUAUUUAAAGGUUAAAGAAGAAAAAGAAGAUGGUUAUUUUAAAUUUUAUGAUAUGAAAGAUAUUUUUUAUAAAAUGGAAUAUCUAAUAAAUAAUUUUUUUUCUUUAAAUAGAUUUGAUUUUGAUACUUUAAUUGAUUCUUUAUUUCAACCAUAUUUAUGUAGAGUAUCAUCUAGUACUGAUCAUUUGAUAAACAUGAAUAAUUUGAUUAAUAAAUUUUUAAAUAAUGGUUUUAGUAAUAUGAUAUUUACAGGUGCAAAAGGAAGCAAAGUCAAUUAUUCUAUGAUUUGUGGUAUAUUAGAUCAACAAUAUUUAGAAGGAAAGAGAGUUCCUAGAAUGAAAUCAGGAAAAACACUUCCGAGUUUUCAUAGGUAUGAUUAUGGUGCUAGAUCAUGUGGACUAAUUACUGAUUGCUUUUUAGAAGGAUUGAGACCUCAAGAAUAUUUUUUUCAUUGUAUGUCAGGAAGAGAAGGAUUAAUAGAUACAGCAGUAAAAACAGCCAAAUCUGGUUAUAUUCAAAGAUGCUUAAUAAAAUGUAUGGAAUCUGUAGUUUUACAUUAUGAUGGAACGGUUAGAAAUGAAGACAAUUCAAUUAUUCAAUUUUUAUAUGGAGAAGAUGGUAUAGAUCCUUCAAAAACAGCUUACUUAGAUUCAUCAAAUGAUUUGCUUUAUAAUUACAAUUUAUCAUUUAGCAAAUAUUUAAAAAAUAAUGUUCAUGAAAAAAUAUUAAAUAAUGAAGAUAUAUUUCAAAAUCAUAUAAGAAAAUGGAAAGAUGAAGAACCCGUAAUUUGCCAUUAUAAUCCAUAUACUUUUAUUGGGAGUGUAUCAGAUAAAUUUAAUAAAAAAUUAAGUAAAACUUUUUUCAAUAAUUUUAAUUUUCCUAAUUAUCGUGAUUUACCAAAAGAUUUUGAUACCUUGUCUACAUUACUUUUGAAAUCAAAAUAUUUUAAUUCUUUAUGUAAUCCUGGUGAAUCCAUUGGAAUUUUAGUUGCUCAAUCUUUUGGUGAACCUGCUACUCAGAUGACUCUUAAUACAUUUCAUUUAGCAGGUACAGAAAAUGUUACUAUGGGUAUUCCAAGGUUAAAAGAAAUUUUUCUUACUUCAAAAUUAACAUCUAAACCAAUGAUAUAUGUACCAAUAAAAAUUGAAUUGAAAACCAAUGACAUCAAUAAAAUGAAAUUAUAUAUUACCAACAUUGCUGAUAAAAUAUUAAACAGCUAUAAAAGUAUUUGCUUAAGUGACGUUGUUUAUGGUGUUGGAGUAGAAAGAAAAUUAAUAUUAAAAGAAAAUAAAAAUAAUGUCCAUUAUAUUAAUGGAUCUGAAUUUGAUGAUGAAAAAGUUAGUAGUAAUAUUGAUGUAAAUGUACAAGUAGCUAAAAUAAUGAAUGUUCUUAAAAAUGUUAACAUAAGUUUCGAUUGUAAAAAAGAAUGGAAUUAUGAAAUUAUUAUUCAAUUUGAAAAUCUUUAUCAUUUUUGUAAGAUAUACAAACAAAUAUCUAUUCCUUUUAUCCUUCAUAAAGUUACAAGUGCUAUUCUUACUUCUGUUCUUAAUAAAAUUCAAGAGAGUCUCAUAUUUCAUAACAUUAAUAGUAUUAGCUCAUUUAACCAUGAAUACUAUGAUGAGUUAUAUGAUUUUAUUAGCAAAAAAUUAGUUACAGAAUUUAAUUUUAAUGUGGAAAAAUAUGAAUAUAAAGAUGAUGAAGGUCAAAUAAAUGCGAAAUUGAAAUAUAUGGCUAAUGAAAAUAAAACAGACAAAUCGGGUGAUAAACAAAAUGACGAUCAAGAUGAUGUAAAUGAAAAUUAUAGCAAUUUACAAAAUAAAAAUGCAUAUAAUAAUAACGUAGGUGAUUCUAGCUAUAAUGGUAAAAAAAAUAAAGAAUUUAAUGUUCAUUCAGAUAUAGAAGAUAAUGAUAUGUCUGAAAAGGAAGAAAAUAUUUAUAAAGGAAAAAAAAAAUGGGAAGGAGAAACAGAAUCAGAAGCUGAAAAGGAGGAGGAAGAAUCGGAAUCAGAAGAAGGAAAAGGAGAUGAGAAUGAAUACGAUGAAGAUGAUGUGAUUGAUAGCGAAGUUGAGAGUGAGAAAGAUGAAGAUUAUAAUGAAGAAAAUAAAAACAAAGUUGAAAAUGAGAAAUAUGGAAAUGAUGAUGAUGAUGAUGAUGACGAUGAUGAAGAUGAAGAUGAAGAAAAAGUUGAAGAGGAAAAUAAACAGAUGAAGGAAAAAGAUAAUAUAUUAAAUAAUAAUAAUGUAUGCAGGUAUGAAAAAGAUAUGUCUAAAUUAAAAAACAGUAAAAAUACUAAAUCGGAUAAAAAUAAGAAUGAAAAAAAUGAUGAAAAUGUUAACCUACAUGAAAACAGUUAUUUUACUAAUAGAAAUUCAAGUGAUGAAUUAAAAUUAUCCGAAUCUUCCAAUGAUUCAGGCACUGUGAAUUAUUUUUCUUCAGAAGCUAGUGUUACACAUCAUGUUUCAGUUGAAUCAGAUGAUUCCAAUAAUAUAAAAGAUAAAAUAUGUGGUGAAAAUUCUCAUCAUAAAAAAAAUAUAUUGGAUAAAAAUAAAAUGAAGACAAAAGAAAAAAUUAAAGCAUCAACAAUAACAGGAUCAACGACAGUUUCAUCACCAGCAACGUCAACGAUAUCUACUCCAAUAAAAAAAAUAGAUGAAGAUACAGAAGAAGAAAAAAAAGAUGAAGAUGAAGAGGAAGAAGAAGAAGAACGAAAACAAAAAGAGAAAGAUGAAGAAGAAAAUUUUACAAAAUCAUUUGAAAAUAUGUUAUAUAAUUACAAAAAUAACAUUAAUUUAGGUGAUUCUGAAAGCGAUGAAGAUGAAGAAAAUGGAGAAAAAAAGAAUGAACAGAAAUUUGUUAAAAACAUUAUUGAUAAAAUAAAAAGUAGUUUACUUCGUUUUGUUAAAAAAAUCAAUUUUUCUCCUAUUACUUGGACUUUGAAAUUUGAAGUUGGAUGGGAUAUUAAUUUUUUUCCUUAUCCCAUUGAUUUUUUAACUUACUUAAAAUCAGAAAUUUCGAAAGAAACAUUAUACAAAGUAAAGGAUUUAAAUAAUCCAAAAAUAUUAAAAGGAAAAGAUAUAACUCAUAGCGGUUCAGAAUAUGAGUUACAAAUAGAAGGAAAAAACAUAUACAAAUUAUAUAAUAUUAAAGAUAAAUAUAUUGAUAAAACAAAACUAUAUUGCAAUGAUAUUUAUGCAAUAGUAAAAACUUAUGGUAUUGAAGCAGGCAGAUUAUGUAUAACAAAAGAAUUGAAAAAAGUUUUCGAUGCAUAUGGUAUUAAAAUUGAUUUUAGGCAUUUGUCAUUUAUAAGUGAUUUUAUGACUCAUACAGGUGAUUUGAAAGCAUUUAAUAGACAUGGAAUGGGGAAUUUUCGAAAUGUUCUUCAUAAAAUGAGUUUCGAGUGUGCAACAAAUUUUUUAAUACAGGGAUGCGUACAUAAAUCAAUUGAUCAUUUAUCAACAGCAUCAAGUAGUUUAUUCUUUGGAAAACACAUAAAAGUAGGUACCAACCUAGCUGAUGUUAUAACAUGCAUAGGAAAGUAA